CGCAUGAGCUUCUCGCUACGCUUCUGUUUGCGGUUAGCGGCCUCAGAAUCGUAGCGCUCCUUUGCUACGGGUCCUUCAUUAGCACCGCUGACUGCUGACUAGGGGCCUUCAUUGGCACCAAUGCCUUCCGAGCGUGUCUUAAGGGCAUUGACAUUCACUUGCUUGGCAUUGACGUAUGCGUAUGCGUUUGCGUGGACGUUGACGUUGACGUUUGCGUGAUUGGGUCAAUUAAGGUGCAUAGCCAGUUUAACGGUAAGCGGAUGAUAGCUGACGUAUCGCGAUGGUGUAUGGAUAUGGUGCACUAGCCUUUGUAAGCUGUGUUGUCAACUCACCAGCAUUCAACUCGUCAGCACAACCCUCACGCUCGAGACUCGCCUGCGCACAAGAAGAAUCCGUAGCAAUGCAGACGGUCACGACACCUUUAAUACGCUCGGUGUUUUAUGCCUUCAAUCGAGCCUUGCUCUUCAGGCAUCCGCCAUGCAUUUGCUGGACUGGGUUCAACUCGAAUCACCUACACCAAAAGCUCUCAAGCAUUCAGAUACAGCGUCAGUGUUGCAUGUACCAUCGCUUCCCUGUGCACAACAGCAUUUGCGACUGCUCAACACUUUCAAGCAAGAUCCGACAGCUAAUCACUCUGAAUCGACGCUGUUGUCGGAUUUUCAAGAAAGUACAUCAGUAUACUGUCGAAGGUGUCGAAUGUAUCAUUGAAUACAACAAGCAGUCAAGCAGAACUGAGCUGUCUGAUCACCGGGUGGUGACUAGCAAAUGAAAUGAGAGACUACAAAAGAGAAAGAAAAACUCGAGGACACGUCGUCAAUGACCUUUGACCAUUAGUCAAUCUGAGCUGA